CCCGCCCAGAGGAUCCGCGUGGCCCCGCCCCCUGCCGCACGAGGCGACGCCUGGCCUCCGCGUCUCCUUGGAAACGGGCCCCACUUCCGCUAGCGAGGGGGGCGAUGGCUGCCGGGGAGCCGGGGGACUUGGGCGGCUACUACUUCAGAUUCCUGCCUCAGAAAACCUUCCAGUGUCUGAGCACCCCGGAGACCACCAGCCGGCUCCGCCAGUGGUCCAUGCUGGGCAGAGUGGCGGCGCAGGCGUUCGGCUUCGACCAGACGUUCCAGGCGUACCGCAAGGAUGACUUCGUCAUGGCUUUCUUCAAAGACCCAGAUGUUAUACCCAAUUUGAAGUUACUUUCAGAUUCUUCUGGACAGUGGAUCACAUUAGCCCUCCUGCCACUUGCCCCAUCAGAGCUAGGGCAUGUUUAUGAACAUGGCCUGUUGCCCAAUGUCAGCCUCUCCUCCGCUGGCCACCAGCCCGUCUCUGAAGACUGGAUCCACGCGCUCCUGCUCAGACACAGUUCCUGUCUCCAGACACCCAUCGUGCCUCCCAUAAGCCCGGCUCAGGACCGGAGCGAGGCAGCAGGUCCUGGCCGGACUCCGGGGGGACAGCCGAGGAGGAAGUGGGUUACUCGCCAGCGCUACUCUUCUCAAGCUCAGGCUCCUCCUUGCGACAGAGAUGAAGCACGUUCCUCCUGUUCCAGCCUUGUGGUGACUCCGUCAGGACCUGGAACUGAAGUGAAAAAAAUUGAAGCUAUAAAUGUUCCUUGUACACAGCUUUCCAUGUCAUUUUUUAACCGGUUGUAUAAUGAAAAUAUUGUACGAGACAGUGGACAUAUUGUUAAAUGUUUGGAUUCUUUUUGUGAUCCCUUUCCUGUUUCUGAUGAGUUACGAAAAGUGCUGCUCGUGGAAGACUCUGAGAAGUAUGGCAUAUUCAGCCAACCCGACAGAGAGGAGUUUCUGUUCUGUCUUUUCAAACAUCUCUGCCUGGGCGGAGCCCUUUGCCAGUAUGAGGACGUGCUUCCCCCGUAUCUGCAGACCACCAAGCUUCUCUACAAAGAUCUUGUGAGUGUUCGGAAGAAUCCUCAGACCAAGAAAAUACAAAUUACUUCUUCCGUCUUUAAAGUCACGGCAUAUGACUCCGCUGGCGUGUGCUACCCUUCGACCAAGAGUCAUGAGCAGACCUUCUCUUACUUUAUUGUGGAUCCGAUCAAGCGUCAUGUUCAUGUUUUAUACCACUCUUACGGUGUGGGGGACAUGUCCUAGCACUGUUCUUUCAGAGUCUCUAUUUUGAUACUGUUUUAUAUACCAAUUUUUAAUUUUAAUGCCCAUUUAUAGGUAAACAUUUCCUUUACAAGUUAAUUCCAGUAAAAUACAGAGAACCUGCUUGGAGCAGAGGGAACGAAUACCAAGGUACCUUCCUGUAUGUAUAUCUGGAGCUGUAACGUAAGGACUGAAUUCUGUCCCGAACACAGUCGACACUAGUACAGUCGUGGAAUUUUUACAGAAAGUUAAAAAAAACUAAAAAUCUAGUUCAUAUUUGUUGCAUUAAGAUUCAUGUAAGGUCUCAAUUUUCCAUGUGUUUUGUUUUAGAAGCCAGUUAGUUGUGGGUUGAAAUUGUGGCGGGAAACCUGAGAUCUCUCUAUUGAUCAUUAAUAUGAACGGUUCACUUUUUAAAUCUGAGUUCAUUUCCUUACACUUCUUUAUUGCAUAGAGAUUUACAUCUCUAGGGCUGUGAAGUGCCUCACAAUUCCUUUCUUCAUUUGUCCCACUUAAGAUCCUCAAUAAAAAAGUAAUGUUGUGAAAGUCA